AGUCCCUCCCCCUGCUCUUUCCUCACACUCCCCUCCUCCCUCCUCCAGCUUCUUCCCGCCCCGGAGCCCAUAGCCGCCCGCGCAGUCUUCUCUCCUCCCGGACGGCGUUGCCGAGCGGGGCGGCCAUGGAGGCAGCGGCGCGGAGGCGGCAGCUCCCGGGAGCCGCGGGCGGCCCCGGCGCCACGUUUGUGCAGGCCAGGCAUGGCUCUGCGAAGGCUGAGGAGACAGACCACACGGCUCCCUUCCACUUUGACCUCUGGUUCUACUUCACACUGCAGAACUGGGUUCUGGACUUUGGCCGCCCCAUUGCCAUGUUGGUGUUCCCACUCCAGUGGUUUCCCCUCAACAAGCCGAGUGUCGGGGACUACUUCCACAUGGCCUACAAUGUCAUCACGCCCUUCCUUCUGCUUAAGCUCAUCGAGCGGUCCUCCCGCACGCUGCCGCGGUCUAUAAUCUACGUCAGUAUCAUCACCUUCAUCAUGGGAGCCAGCAUCCACCUGGUGGGCGACUCCGUCAACCACCGCCUGCUCUUCAGUGGGUAUCAGCACCACCUGUCCGUCAGAGAGAACCCCAUCAUCAAGAAUCUCAAGCCAGAGACGCUGAUCGACUCCUUUGAGCUGCUCUACUACUAUGAUGAGUACCUGGGCCAUUCCAUGUGGUACAUCCCCUUCUUCCUCAUCCUCUUCAUGUACUUCAGUGGCUGUUUUACUACCUCCAAGACUCAGAGCCACAUGCCAAGGUCUGCCCUGCUCCUGGUGGGGCCCAGUGGCCUGUACUACUGGUACCUGGUCACCGAGGGUCAGAUCUUCAUUCUCUUCAUCUUCACCUUCUUCGCCAUGCUGGCUCUCGUCUUCCACCAGAAGCGUAGGCGCCUCUUCCUAGACAGCAAUGGCCUCUUCCUCUUCUAUUCCUUCGCCCUCACCCUCUCCCUGGUGGCGCUGUGGGUUGCCUGGCUGUGGAAUGACCCUGUCCUCCGAAAGAAGUACCCUGGUGUCAUCUAUGUCCCCGAGCCCUGGGCCUUCUACACGCUCCACGUCAGCAGUCAGCACUGAGGCUGCCUGGGAGCAACAGGCCAUGGAUAUUUGUACAUGGGUGCACAUGUGCAUCAUGGGAAUGCGGGCUGUGCACUAUGCCCUGUGCACAGGGAUUGGCAGAGUGCACUGUUGAGAGACUCAGCUGCCUUGGUCAGGGUCUUUUGUUUGUUUUUUUGCUUUGGACUUAAGAUGGAAUUUAGUUUGGGGAAGUAUAUGAAGGCCAAGAUCCUGGCCCCUGCCCUCCCUGUAUUACACUAUUAGAGGUGCCUGAGGAACACUCCUAUCUCCCAGGACCCAGGCUGGCCUUCCGGUGGCCAUGCUGGUGAAGUCUGGGCAGGGCAGAAGCAGAAGACUGCCACCUACCCAGAAGCUGGCUAUCCCUGAAGCCACCUGCCCCUGGACCCUAGGUUUCUAUGUCAGUGUCUAAGCCACAGCUUCUGUUCUUUGAACAGAGCAUUUCCAUCUCUGGGCCUCACUUGUUCUAGAGGGCCCUGUGGUCCCUAAGUGGCUCCAUGGACUGGGGGUUACUGAUUCCGCUGGUGCAGCCUCAGCACGGAAGUCUGUUACUGUGUCCUCACCCUCAGCCUAGUGGGGCACGUUCCUCCCAUUCUUGUCCGGCCUCAGACCCCACUCACAUACUGCUGAGAACCCAGUCUCCAGGCAGCCACAGGCCCAGCUCCAGGUCACUUAGCCAUUGAACUCUGGAAACUGGCCUGGGUUUUGAACUACAUGGAGGAUAGAGUUCUCAAAGCCUAGUUUUAUAGAUUCUGAGACCCGUUGUAAGGGUCUGGGACAUUACAAAUCUGUCUCUCGAGACAUCGCAUCUCAACCUGAAUCCCUCACCACCUGCCUGGUGCCUUUGUUCCCAGCAUGGCGGUUCCUGCCUCGCCCUAGCCCACCUCCUCCCAGGCCUCAGAUACAGGGCUCCAUGGCACAGGAUACCACCACCUCAUUUGGCAGCCAGCACUGGCCUGUGCUGGGAGUCUUGGGGACACUCCUACUGUGCAUUCUUUCCUUUUGCUCUCAGGGAACACUGGGCCUCAGAUUCUUCUAUUUUGUUGUGAUCCUUCUACAGGCUAGACGAUGCUGGGUCGGUCCUUCUACAGGCUAGACUGUGCUGGGUGGGUCCUUCUACAGGCUAGACCAUGCUGGGUGGGUCCUUCUACAGGCUAGACCAUGCUGAGUAACAAGAGGUCUGAAUAAAGGUUGAUGUGGAGCCCAGCCUGGCUGGUGGCUGUUUUACCUUCGGGAGUGUGGUGGGGAGGCAAGAGGGAGUUCUGGAAUAGGGAGGGAGACUGGUUGGUCUGGGGCCUAGGCUGUAGGGUAUGAGGCUUUCUCUCAGUAGGCCUUGAGGACCCUCUCACCCCCACCCUCAUCUACCUAACACCUAGAGCAGUGAUUCUCAACCUGUGGGUUGAGCCCAUAUUUCCGAUGGUCUUAGGAACUGAGAAACCACUUCGCAAAUUACAGUUAUGAAGUAGCAGCAAAAAUAAUCCUAUGGUUGGGGGUUACCACAACACGAAGAACUUUGUUAAAGUCACAGCUUUAGGAAGGGUGAGAACCACUCAGAUUGUGGGUAAGAAGGAUCGCUUCCCAGUCAGUACAGUGUUCCUCAGAGGAGCCUAGGCCGUGAGGGGAAGUAGAGCAUCCCAGCCUAUCUCUGUCCCACCAGUCAUCCCCUGUGCUGGGAGGCAGUGGAAAACUACUCUGUAGGAGGUGGCCCUGAGCCUCAGGCAGGCUAACUGUGCUCUUGGAAGUCCUUUAGGCUCUUGGUGGACAUGGAUUCCGGGCACACCAGUUAGCUCAGGAGAAGCCUGAAGCAAAAAGGCACUUAGGAUGGAGGUGGAGAGGGCAAAGUCAGAGGGCAGCCUCUUGCUCUUGCACGUUUCACCCAGCAGGCCCGUGGGAAGCCUGCUAAGACUCUCUCUCUCGGGGCAGGGGUGGGAGUAGGGUGGGCUAAGGACUGCCCUGUCAGUCCCCAACAGUGUGAAUGGCAGGGGCCCUUAGCUAGGAGAGCUUGGCUGAAGAACACAGUUCCAUAAAGAAAGGGGCAAGAGGACGAGCCUGCUGUCUGCAUCUCUUUCAAGGGGGAAUUUAGGGGGACAGGGCUAGGGUCAGGAAGUUAGUCUCCUGUAGUCCAGGCUGGCUUUGAACUCACUCAGAUCCUCCUACCUUUAGCUUCUUGCUGGAGUGACAGGAAUGCAUAGUAUGAUUUAUGCAGGGCGGUGGAUCGAACCCAGGGCUUGUACACUAGCAAAUGUUCUACCAAUCGAACCUUAUCCUGAGCCCGCAUGUAGCCUAAGGCAUUCCCUGUAGGCUCUUCUGUGGCCUGAGUGGGGAGGAGGUGCCACUUGCCUAAAGUCCCUUCCACAGGGAGGGGGCUUAGUCCGGAGUGUAAGAUGAGGGAAGAGAUCCACCAGAAGCUGGUGGUGCCCAGGGGAGGUGCCAGCCCCAGCCAGGAGGACCAUGUUUCAAGAAUAAAGUGAAUACACAGCCCCACGUGGUCCUGGCGUGGCUUUCUGUUCCUGUUCACGCGAAGAGUCACAUAUGCAGAGUACGUGUAGCCCAGUAGGCACACGCCACGAGUCCACGUGCAGUCAGGCUCGGAGCAGGUGUUUUGAGACAGCUGAAACAGCAUGUGAGACAUCCUCCGUCACCUACAGAUAGAGGGAACUGGGUGUUGCCGCAGCUACCUGCCGUGUACUUGGGAGGUAGAGGGGGGAAGAUCAAGAGUUCCAAGUUGUCCUCAACUACGCAGUGAGUGAGUUUGAGGGCAGCCUAGGCCAUGAGCUCUGUCUCAAAACAACGAAUGGGGGGCUGGAGGGAUGGCUCAGUGAGCACUUCCUAAUUUCUCAGAGGACCUAGAACUGCAGCUUCAGGAGCUCUGACUUCCUUUCCUGGCCUCUGUGGACUCCUGUACUCACAUGUACACACAGACAUGCAAACAUACACAUAGUUAAAAGUAUAUUUUAAAAUGUGUCUUUCUGUCUGGUGGCAGCCAUCAGAUCUGGUGAGUCAAGGUGGGUACAUCUGAGUACAGACAGUGAUUCUCAACUGUGGGAUGCGACCCCUUUGGGGGUCCUGUGACUCUUUCACAAGGGUCACAGAUAACCUGCAUAUCAGAUAUUUGCAUUACAAUUCAUAACACUAGCAAAAUUACAGUUAUGAGGCAGCAACAAAAACAAAUGUAUUGUCUGGGUCAGCACAGCAUGCGGAACUGUGCUCAAGGGUUGCAGUGUUAGGAAGGGUGAGAACCACUGCUCUAGAGGAAGAACAGGUCUGACGCGAUGCAUUUUCUUCAGGAGUCCGCUGCUAGCUGCAUUACCAACUCUAUGCUAUAUGGGAUUCCCUGUCCUCGUCGCCCCGCCCACAACCAUACAGCAAACGGUACUUUACGAGGCUAAGCAAAAUUACAUCAGAUGCAGAACUUCAUACUCAUAGGCGCAACUGCAAAGACCCAGUUUCUUAAAGGCAAGCCUGACCGUCAUAGUGCUAAGCAGCUAAAGACUGCCCAGACUUCGGUCUUGUGGAGAGAGCUGGACUCCACUGCUGAGCUUUGAGAAUCCUGGAUUCUUACUGGAUUUUGAAGGUGUCACAUACAAAUUCUUUGAGGUUCUCCUCAAUGACCCACUCCAUAAAAUACCAGAACAAAUCCCGACACCCAUCGGAUCUCGUCAGUGCACCGGGAGAUGUGUGGGCUGCCAUCUGCUGGUUGUUGUCUCCGAAAGAGCUUCAUCGUUCUGACACUCACCACAGCUCUAGAGGGCACAGAACUCUCCAGCUCCAUUACUGGUGAUUUAAGUAAUGUUUGUAAAAUUUAUGCCAGUAAAUGAUUUAGCAUAGUCUCUCUCUCUCUCUCUCUCUCUCUCUCUCUCUCUCUCUCUCUCUCUCUCUCUCUCUCACACACACACACACACACACACACACAUACACCUCAAACAAAAAAAGAAGGGAGAGUUGGCAGGUGUCAGGGCGUCCUUAGGGGUGCAGGGCUGAUCCCAGUACCCAUUUACUGUAAACCAAGAAAAUGCCUUACCUGUCUUUGAGCCCUUCACAAAGACAGGGUGAUUAUGGCCUGUGCCCACCUGCCAAAGUCCUGCCUCCUUCCCCUACUCUCUCAAGGCCGCUGAGGUGCACCGUCCAGUCUUUCCCCGCCAUGCCUUCCCCCAUAGCAUGGAGUUGGAACCUCAAGAUUCUCAAGUCUACGAGUGCAAAGAGGUGAAUCAGGAGAAACUUGGGGAGGAAAAACGUUCCACAUGGAGGUGGUCAGGACCAGAGGGAGGCCCUGUGUCCGUGUGCCCUCAUAGGAGUUAGCAGGAGGCCAUGUAUCAUGUGCCUUCACAGCAGGAGAUGCCUCUUCCUCUGGCACUUGCGGUCUUUGGCAGCCUCCCGUUAGCUCCGUGUAGUCCACAGCCUGGGUGUCCACACACAAUAACCGACAACUGGGCCAACCUGGAUUUAGUGCCUUGCUGGCAAACCAGCCACCAGGUGUGGAUGGGGGAUGGAGACUUCCAGACCAGUGUGAGAACCUAGGCAUGUCCAGAGCUCAGUGGCAGUUCUGGGAGCCACCCAUAUUCCUCUGCCUCCCAGGGGAAGUGGGAACAGGGGAAGUAGAAUGCUGAGAAUCAGAGCCAGUGCUAAUACAGGAAGGGGUGAGGAGAGGAAGGAAGAGAUGGAGGAACUUCCUGCCUGGGAAAGUCACCCACUGAGAGGUCAAACUCCAAGGCGCCUGAGCAGCUAACUAAGGGCUGGAGGCCCAGUUCCAGCACCCACCAUCCCCAGCUCCCGGGAGGCAGAACUGGCUGUGUACUGGUCAUUGGGUCCCAGCAGCCUAUAAUUAUGGCAUAAUGUAUCUGAGCCUCGGCCUCCAGUAACGAGGACCUCCAGGAGUGUCUGUACUCCCAGUCAACCUUCUCAGGAUGCGGGGCCAACCGCUGCUCAGAGAACGCUGGAAUCUGACCCUCCUGGCAUUGGGCCCAGUUUCCAUGGCAGCAGAGGAUUUAUUUCAGGCCUCCACCCAGCCUGGUGGACUUCGGACUCCAAGUCAGAGGAAAGACAACUGAACGCCGUUCCAGGAGCAAGGGGUGCCUGAAGAUGGCCAAGUUCCUUUCCCAGGACCAAAUUAAUGUGGAUGAUCUUUUCAAGGAAGCGGGCAUCGAACCAAAUGGCCAAGUGAAAUAUGACACAUUUAUCCAGCGGAUCACCCUUCCUGUGCAAGACUACUGAGAGAGCUGAGGUCCAGGGAGAAGAGGAUGAGAGCUCCGGGGCCUGAAAACCUAGACUAUUUUUUAAAAGGGAAAUCUAGAGAUGGCAAACAUGGCAGUAAGACCACAUUGCAGGGGAUUAGUACCAAUAAAUGAUGUAGCCAUGGUA